ACCUGACCGAAUCGUUCAGCUUGUUCUCUUGGUUAUGGGAAGGCAACAGCAAUUUGUAGUAGUCACAAGAAGUGCGCAAGGUACUUCUUCCCAAAGCAAGCCACAGAGUUAUACUUGCUGUCGACUUUCAAGUAGAGGUCUCGUGAGACUGAGAGCCACAAACCAGGAUAGAGACGCAUGAAAGAGAAAAAAUCCACCUGGGCAGCACCAAGCAUGUCCCGAAGAAGACACCUUGUGCAGCACAGCAACGAUCCGAUGCUAGGCGGGUCCAUCGGAUCACCUCGGCCAGGUGAAAUCCUCGAGGCCAGUGCACCAUCAUUCUUCCCUGAAGCCCUGGACGCUGCUGCUGGCACGUUCGACCCUGGUAUUGGUGGUGGUGUAGACCAGGGCAGCAACGUCUGGGGGCCUGCUGGUGGCAACGCUGGAAUUCCUUUGGCAUUGGACGCCGGAAUCAACCCUGGCGCGCUGUCCGUUGAAGCUGACUUCUCGCUGGGAAUUUUCGGGCACGUGAACACUGCAUCCUACGCAAGUUCUGGUGGCCCAGUAUCGGGCGCAUGAGUGCCGGAACUCCCAGACCUGAAUGAUAGCUUUGGCGGCGGCCCCACCACUUUUUCUGGGCAUGAUUUCACUUAUACGAACAACAUCUCUCCCCCGUACGACAACGCAGAUCUGAACACGGGUAUUGAUUACGACAUAGCUCUUUCCUCAGCAGCAGCAGC